GAUACUCUAAACAGUUCGUUUUGCUCAGACGGCGAAUCGGCAGCAUAGACGAGAGAACUCACCCUGCCGGGAAUCGAAUUUCGUGUUGUUUAAUCGCCAUCUGUGUAUCUUGCAUCAUGGCUAAGGGACACCAAGAACGGAUCAACGGUUUAGAUUUUGGAAAGCUAUGUGACACGUUCAGUGUGAUUUGUCCCGACUUUCGAAGUGGUCAGUCCUCGGAGAAGCUCCAGAGUCUUGACUUUGCCAACAAGGUGCUCUUCGAGCUGGGCCCCAAGAUGCGACAUGUGAAGCAGAGCGGCGAGGAUCAGAUGUGGCGCCUGAUUUUCAGUGGCGGCAGCAGCGUUUACGUCUACACUUACAAGUUUCAGCGGCCGAUCAAUAGCCAGCCUCGCCUCAAGGACGGAAAGCUCUAUCUGACCCUGAAGCAGGCCGGUCUUCUUGCUGCCACCCAGCUGUGUGCCCUGAUGCCGGCGCAGCACAAUCCGGGGAACAAGAUUCUGCUGACUCCGCUCUCGCGCGUCGUCUUCGAGCCGCCGAGUAUUCCAAAGAUUGCGGCGGCUUUGAGUGCUCUCAGGCGGGGUGUGGUGGACAUCGGAGAUGUAGUUCGGGCUGUAGUCAGCAGUUGCCAGAGCGACGGCUUCCAUUUGCAGCACAGCCAAUGCCACAUUGCUAUGGUGGCCAUUGGGGCGACCACCAAAGAUCCCGAGGAACGCAAAAGAAUGCGUGCAAAGACACUGAAGCAAUACACACAGCGGGGUAAGGCCUUUCUGUCGGAUGAGUACAAGAUUUACGCAAACCACUCGAGGAUGGCGGGCCAACUUGCGGUUGAAUCACCUAUCUCCAUUCCGAUACUGAUCACGACUCCGAGCCCAGAUAUUCCUAAACCCACACGCAAGCGGGACUUGGCCGUUGUAUUGCGCAGCAUUGCCAAGUCCUCAGAUGAUCCGUUGAGUGGCGACACCAUAGACAUGAAAUUCGUCGCUCUCCCGCAGGAGAAGGCAGAGGAUGUGACGAGCAUGCCAGCUUCCAUGGAUGUCCGUCUGGAAGGCAUAAGCCUGGAGGGAAUGAGAUCCAAGUUGCUAGCCGCUGACAAGGAAUCACAUUGAUCAAAUAAUGGCUGAGUAGAACUUUGCACAUUUUAAAUAUCUUGAACUAUAACAUAUAAUAUUAUAAUAAAUCUCUGCUACCACAGAGUAUAUUCUACGAGUCUUA